AUGUGUCCGGAGAUCAAAGAUGAUUGGGUCCUUCAUCCUCACACGUCGCUGGGGAAGGUCGCCCAGCGACGUCUUUUUGUUCCGCCUAAUCAAGAGAGACCUGAAAAGGAAACUACUCGUGAUUCCAGCUGUCCAGGCAGCUACAAGGUCCCUCGACAUCCUUCUGUAUUAAAGGUUCCAGGGAGCCUACGAGCAUUGGAAAAAUCGUUGGCAGUGCGCGCGUCGCGUUUCUCGUGCUGCCCUGUGGCGCCAGGGGCCACUGCGCCUGCUCGCCUCCACACCAGAGGCCGCCGGCCGCGCCUCGGCUCCGCAGUAGCGCUUGAGCACCGGAGUAGUGCAGGUCGGUCGGGAGCACGUGUGUUGUUGGGUUGUGGUGCAUCGGCGGCGGCAGCAACAGCGGCGACGCAGGCGGACGCGGCGCUGCGGGAGAACUCACACGAGGCCGAGCGCGGGAGGCGGCGACGCAGCUGGCGAGUGCGCAGGCGCGUGCGGACCGCGGCCGCCCCUCCGCCCCCGCAGUGCAUUUUUCUCUCAAUUACAGAACUUUAA